AUGGCCGCCCUCAAGGCUUUCGUCUUGUCGCUUGCCUUGCUCUUCAGCAUCGCUGCCGCCCUGCCCAAUGGCUUGCCCGCCAACAUCAGCUACCCGACGGCUGUUGGCGACAUUGAAGCGCGAUCCUUGCGACGCUCCGACGACGGUACCUGCCCCAACUAUCGCGACGAGCCCAUGGAUGGUUGCGCUGCCUUCUGCCAAGUCCGCACUGUGUACUACUACAUCCAAGAGUCUCCCUUCGCGCGUUCUUCCUGCCAAUAUCCCCUGAACUGCGAGAUCAGCGAGAGUUACACCACCAGCACGGGAUGGAGUACCUCGGUGUCUGCCAAAAUGGGCAAGGCAUACAAGGUCGGCAUCAGCGGCGGCUACAGCUACUCGCAGGGCCAGGCCCGGGGCCGCAACUACAAGAUCGAACUUACGUCCGGCCAGUGCGGAUACUUCACCUUUGUAGGCAUCAUGAAGGGUACCUGCGAAACGUACACCGAAGGCCUGUACAUUCGAGACGGACUUCCCGAGGGUGUCGUGCUCUUUGUCUUCACCGACUGCAUCACCCGCGCGCCCCUAGACCCCGAGUACCAAGAUCCCGUCUACAACUCGCCGGGCGUUGCGCUACCUCGCCAGGCCAGUAUCGACGCGCAGCAGACCUGGGUGAUCAACACCUGCAACGCGACGCCGCAGGGCGACCUCUUGGGCUUGGGCCCGACGGGGUAUUCGUUCAUAAUCCAGGGCAGGGGCUUCUCGGACGACCAGAUCGGGCCCAACGGCGAGCUGCUGCACUGGCAGCUGAACGGCUGCAACGGCGUCCAAGGCGAGGUGGACAACUCCGUGUUCAACUGGACGCCGGACGAUCCGACGUAUGGCUGGAGCGCUAGCGGUAGCCUGAGUGGCGAGGUCAAGGCCUGUAUCGGUGAUUUUGUCAUGCAUGUCGGCGGUGCGACGCGCGAUCAGUGCGUCUAG